UGUCCUAAAGUUAGUUAUAGUAUUUUUUAAGGUAAUAGAAGAGUAGUGGACCAAGCUUCUUGUACACUGCCUGUAUAUAAAUAGGAGGUCUUCAACGUCAGUCUGAAUAUCAAAGAGCAGUUCGAAAAUUCUCUUUUGCUCUGGCUUAUUCCAAUAUGGUCUCCUUCACCUGGUCUCAAAUUUUGGAGACGGUAAAAAUCGCCUUUCCCAUCACCUGCCUUGCAUAUUUUAUCACACUUUUUUAUCAAGCAUACCUCACACCUCGUCGCAAGAUUCCCGGCCCGUGGUAUGCACGAUUCACCAAUCUUGUCCUUAAAUACCAUACAGUCAAUGGUAAUCGCAUCCAUUAUGUUCAUUCUCUCCAUCAAAAAUAUGGUCACAUAGUCAUCGUCGCUCCAGACGAAAUAUCAUGUUCUUCACUCACUUCUUUCAAAACUAUCCACCGUAUCUCCAAGCCUUUCCUCAAAGCUACCUGGUAUCGCCACUUUACGUCUCAACUGCCAAAUGUUUUCAGCAUGAUCAAUCCCAAAGACCAUGCUGCCCGUCGCAAAUUGUUUGCGCAUGCUUUCAGUAAGAGCUCUUUGAGAGCAAAUUGGGAGAGUGAGGUUAGGAAAAAGACAAGUUUGGCGGUGAAUAAAAUCAAAAGAGAUGCUUUGGCAGGAGAAGUGGAUAUUAUGAGAUUCUUCAUGUAUAUGGCUACAGAUGUCGUGGGGCAUCUCUGUUUCGGAGAGAGUUUUAAUAUGUUGGAAAAGGAAGAGAAAAAUCAAUAUAUGGAAGAUCUCCAACGGGUGAUGAUGGUGAGCGGCAUUAAAGCUGAGUUUCCGGAGCUUUUUAGCAUUGGACAGAAGACAGGUCUUCCUUUUUUCAAGACUCCCAAACAUCGCAUAGAUGACUAUGCAUCGUUGGCUGUCGUAAACGCAAAGUCACAGAGUCCUGCUACUCCUAAUAUAUUCCGCAAAAUACUCUCCGAAGCAAAGUCGAAUAGUUUUGAAGGAUUACUUUCGGAUAUGGAUAUCCAGGAGGAGGCUACAGGAUUCAUUAUAGCCGGCACUGACACAACUACCAUGACACUUACAUUUCUGAUAUACAAUAUCUUGAAAAAUAAAGAAGUGCAAAGACAAUUGGAAGAUGAGGUUAGCACUUUAGCUGAUGAUUUCGAAUGUAAAGAUGUGGAAGGAUUACCGUUUUUGAAUGCGGUUAUUGAUGAAGGAUUGAGGUUAUGGGGAGCAGCCUCCGGUUCUCUCCCCAGAAGUAUCCCUCAAGAAGGCGCUGAAAUAGAUGGAUACCUUCUCCCUGGAUCCAUGACAGUCUCUACGCAAACUUACACAAUCCACCGCGAUCCGGAAAUCUUUCCAGAGCCUGAAAGGUUUGACCCCCAACGCUGGCUCGGUCCCAAAUCAGAUGAUUUCAAAGCGGCAUAUAAUCCCUUCGGUGCUGGAACACGAACAUGUAUUGGUAUGCAUUUGGCAAAGAUGGAAAUUUACUUGAUCCUCGUCUUAAUUUUCAAAGAGUGCAAAGGACUUAGAAUCGCCUCGACUCAAGAUGAUGCGGGAAUGGAGAUUGAGAAUUUCUUUGUGAUUGGGCCUAAGGGACACAAAUGUCUUGUUACGAUGAGAGAAGGAUAUUAGAAAGUGGAUCAGAAAGUAUUGGGGAGGAAAGUGUUCUUGCUUUUGGUUAUUAUUUGAAUAUUUCAUUCCAUAGAUUGUUCUCGUUAAACCUUUCCAUAUGCAAUCUGGAAUUCUGUCAAGCCGCAUUGUACGAUGAGAAAUUUGCAAGCAAAUGAAACUGGGGUAAUUUAUAAUUCUCCGAGAUGACCGAUCCAGCUAGUAUUAGGGAAGCCCUCCAAGCCUUCAAAAUUAGCUCCGAUGUACUUGUAAGAAAAUUAGCUUGGACGUAGCCGCUACCUGACAUGGCAUACGAAAUCUGCACAUGGAGUACUU